AUCAAUAACGUUACGUACGGACUUGCCCUUUACAAUUAGUUGUUCAUCUCACUCUUUAAGCAACCACGUAGAAAGAUGGUCUUAUCCAUGGACCGGUGGAUUGGAAAGGUUGCCGUUGUAACGGGGGCGAGUGCCGGAAUUGGCGCGGCGAUUGUCAAGGCACUUGCCGGAAAGGGAGUCAAAGUCGUCGGUUUGGCUCGGCGUAAGGAGAAAAUCGACGAGCUCACCAAGAGCCUAGGCAAAAAAGGCUGCAACGUUUACGCGAUGAAGGCAGACGUUAGUAAGGAGGAGGAUAUUUUGAGCAGUUUCGAGUGUAUUAAGAAAAAAAUCGGUCCCAUAAGCAUACUCAUCAAUAACGCCGGUUUCAAAAGGAAUACGAAUCUGACCGAUGGUAACACGAAGCUCUGGAGAGAAACCUUCGACACAAACGUCAUGGGGUUGUGCAUCGCUACGAGGGAGGCAAUUAAGAAUAUGAGGGAAUGCAAAAUUGACGGCCAUAUUGUUCAUCUGAACAGCAUUGCUGGGCACCAAAUUCCAACCGUGGUCGUGACGAACGUCUACCCCGCUUCAAAGUUUGCUGUUACGGCGCUCACCGAGACCCUUAGAUUGGAAUUGAACGCCAUUGGAAGCAAAAUAAAAGUUUCUAGCGUAAGCCCAUCGACUGUCCUAACAGAGUUUAGAAAAGCAUCCAAUUUGGUCGAAGAUGAGAAAGUGUUGAGCAAAAUGCCGUACUUGGACUCUACGGAUAUAGCCGACGCAGUUAUGUACAUUCUGCCCACCCCUCCUCAUGUGCAGGUUCACGAUAUUAUAAUUCAUCCCCUAUUUAAAUAAACGUUGUACAUCGUCUACGUUCGAAACACGGUAUUUCACUGAAUAACUUUCGCGAAAGUAAUUCGAGAUCGUGAUUAUGCACAGAAAUAA